AUGGGCGGUGGCUCUGAAUUCGGGGAAUGCAAUUCAUCCUUAGUUGAAGAUGGAAAUAAACAGAGUAACGAUGCGUCUGUCUGGUCUGGGGAACCUAAGUCUCUGGAUUCUAAAGGCCCUUCAACUCACAUAGAAGUGGGUGUGCCUGCCUUGGAUGAAGCAUCUCCUCUGCCCCGCCGUUAUUCCAGCUUCCAAUGCUAUCCGUUCACUGCUUUCAGAUUCACUUGGCUACCUCCGAGAUAUUCUACCAACAUAAGAACCAGCCGAGGGGAUCCGGCCCGACUCAAGAGGCUCUUUCUGCAUAUAUUAGGCUCGUGGGUCAGUCAGCCCAAGGAUACCUACAUUCCAAUCAAGCUGGAGUUGCCAUUACGUCACUGCAAGGUCUGCUUGCUUGAGGUAUGCUUUUAUGCUAAGACCUGUGUGGGCUUUGUUCUCCUGUUUCUAUAUCUAUAUAUCGAAGGUUUUAAAGAUUAUUUCUGCCAGCAUUAA